CAGCGUUCCAAAAAAAAAAAAAAAAAAAAAAAAAAAAAAAAAAGAAACAAACCGCCGAAGAAGAAUAAAGGCGGAAGUUAGCGUCUCUCCGAAACAAGCGACCGUCCGACGACGAGGCGAGCUGUCACAAAGCUGGAAAAUGUUGAAAGAUUUGGUGAGGGAGCGCCUAAUCGCGGCCGCCGACGAAAUCUUCGAAAUGUUUGAGCGGACGAUCGCGUCGUACGAGGAGCAACUUUGUCGCGCGCGAGAGGAGAACGAGCGACACCGACGACGACUGGCAGACCUUUGCAACACUCCAAAUGUCGACCACGUUCGAGAGCCCCCCACCGUGAAAGAGAAAAAAGAGGAUCCGGAGCCUCCCCUGGUCUUGAAAGAGGAAGAGGAGGAGACCGACGUGGACAGCUUUCACCCGACUGCCCAAAACAAGCGCCACCGGCCCCGGCGCGGGGGGGCGCCGCCCGACCGGCCGUGCGACGGGUACGCCGCGGAAGAACUUUGGAGGAGCCGCGCCCGCGCUGAAGGCGACACCGACUGGGAUCCAGCCUACCGAACGGAAGACGACGACAGCGCCUCAGUCGGGGAUCCGAGCGCAAGCCGUCCCGGCGAUGCGGAACGUGAAGAACGUGAAGCUUCGGCGCAGAAGGGCAAAAAGAGGAAACGGCGCCCACACGAAUGGCUGAGAAGCAAAAUGAAAGAGGCCCGCAACAAGGGAAAGGCCUACGUGAACACCAGAGGCAUCGCCGUGCCGGAGAAAAACCUCGUCGCCCUUCCUCGCCAUCUGUGUCGACACGGAUGCGCCGAACGCGUCACGGAAGAAGAACGGCGAAUGAUAUUCCGGAACUUCUGGGACCUGGGUCAUUUCGACCUGCAGAACGCUUUCAUCUGCGGUUCCGUCAAACUGGUCGGCGUCCAGAGACGCAGACCGCAGCGGCGACAGCCAGACGCGGGGGAAGCCAAAAACCGUUCGUACUCUCGCAAAUACAUCUUGACCGCCGGCCGGGGCGGUCACGUGGAGGUGUGCAAGACGUUCUUCCUGGCGACGCUCUGCGUAUCCAACGGAAGAGUCGAUCGAGCGCUGCAAAAACAGGCGGAGAAAGGCCCGGGUUCGCCCUCGCCCGACGGCAGGGGCAAGCACGACAAUCGCAAAAGAGUCGGCGACGAGUCCCUGCGGCUGAUCAAAGAGCACAUCGCCUCCUUUCCCGAGCGCGAGAGCGAGAGCCGCCGCCGCGCGCAACGCAACGGAAAGUACCUGACCGUCGCGCAAAUGCAUCGUCUUUACCGAGAGCAGUGCAGACAAAACGGGAGAGAACCGGAGAAGGAAUGGGUCUAUCGGAGGAUCUUCCUUAACCAGUUUGGUCUGUCCUUCCGUCCACCUCGCGAGGACGCUUGCCUCCUCGGUCCCCUCGGGGCCAAAACGCUAGAUUCGCCCCUCCUGUUGUGAUUCCUGUGUGUGUGUGUGUGUGUGAUUGUUUCAACCUCCUUUCCACAAAAAGAGGUUGAAACAAAUGCCGGUGUCUGCAAGAGGUCUGACUCGGUUUUUUGUUGUUGUUUUUUUCAUCAUCGGCUCCUCGAAAACACAACAAACUCGGCAGGUGCGCCCGCUCCCCUGACCUCAACCCCAUGGAGAUCCGCGAGCAGCAAAAGAUGUGUGAGGGUGAUUGAACCCGGGUCCUCGGAACCGUGAGGCAGACGCUCUAACCAGUCGUCCACCGUGGCGCCUUACGAAUAUCAUAUGUCUCGAAAUAGAUGACUUUCAGUGGUGCCUUGACAUGCGAGUGACUUGACUUCCGAGUGUUGUGAGGUACAGUGGCGUGAAAAACUAUUUGCCCUUCUAAAAUGCACAUUUUUUUCAUGUUUAAGAUCCUCAGACAAAGAUGACACAAGCCAACCUAAAAUGACUGUUUUUACAUUGUGCUUUUGUUGAUGAAGGGAAAAAAAUAUUCAAAGCUACCUGGAAAACAUAAUCGCUCCCAUUGUUAAAUCAUGAAUUCAUUGUGGCGAGUUCAUUUCCACUGACCACACCCAAGCCUGAUUACUUCCAGACCUCUUCAAUCACAAAAUCACUUAUAAUUCAGAUCUCCAAAAGCUGCAAACAAAUGGCACAAUCCAAAGAAAUUCAAGAACAAACGAGAAGGAAUUUAGAACUAUCAGUCUGCAAGACAUUUGAAAAGCUUCAGGACUCCAACGAACCACAGUUUGAGCCAUUAUCCACAAAAAAACAGGAGCGAACCUUCCCUAACCCCAAGAGAAUAGUAACGACUCACCCAGGAAGCCAAAAAGGAACUCGGGACACCUCGUAAAGAACUGCAGGCAGGCCUCCCUUGCCUCAGUUAAGGUCAGUGUUCAUGACACAACAAUUAGAAGAGACUGCAGGCCAAAAAUGGCAUCCACGGCAGAGUUCCAAGGCCAAAACCACCGCUGACCCAAAAGAACAUAAAGGCUCGUCUUACUUUUGCAAAAAAACAGAUUAUUAUAUGGACUGACGAGAUGAAAGUUGAGGACGGAGUGUGUCUUGCUACGUCUGGCGCAAAUGUAGCACAGCAUCUCGGAAAAAGAGCAUCAUACCGACAGUCAAACGUGGUGGUGUUAGUGUGAUGGUCUUGGGCUGCUUUGCUCCUUCAGGACCUGGAGAACUUGCUGUGAUUGAUGCAACCACGAAUUGUGCUCUUUAACAGAAAAUCCUGAAGGCGAAUGUUCAGCCAUCAGUUUGUGACCUCAAGUUGAAGCGCACUUGGGUUCUGCAGCAGGAUAACGAUCCAAAACACACCAGCAGGUCAACUUCUGAAUGGCUUAAAAAACAAAACAAAUCAUCAUCAUGAAGGUUUUGGAGCGGUCUAGUCAAAGGGCAGACUUGAACCCGAAUAAAAUGCAGUGGCGUGACCUUAAAAGGCCGUUCGUGCUGGAAAACCCUCCAUUUUUGCUAAAUUCAAACAAUUGUGCAAGGAAGAGUGGGCCAAAAGAUGUGAAACACUCAUUGGCAGUUGUAGAAAACGCUUGAUUUCAGUUGUUGCUGCUGAGGAAGACCCCACCAGUUCUUAGGUUUAGGGGGCCAGGUAACUUCGAAUAGGUUUUUAGUUUUUUUUUCCUUAAGAAAUGAAGUCAUAAUUUUAAACUUGCAUCUUAAGUUCACUUGGGUUAUAUUUGUCUGAUAUUUACAUUUGUUUGAUGAGCUUAAAGUGGAGCAACUAUGGAAAAAUAAGAAUUUGAGAAGUGGGCAAAUACCUUUUUUCACAGCACUUGUACGAGCUUGACAAUUUAGUUUUUAAAUUGUAAUGAUUUCUUUAUUUUGCUUUGUUACGCGAGCUCGGCGUUGCGUUGUGGCCGUGACUCGGCUCACAUCACAAUAAGCGGCAACUAGUGAACAAUCUCAAAACAAAGACGCUUAUUGCAACUUCCACUUGAAGUUUACUGUCAAACUCGACAGAAAACAAAGAGCAUUCUACAUUUUUGUAUUUAAAACGACCACAUAGCCUCCGUUAGCUCAAUGCUAACACACAGUGGGAACCUCCUUCGGCACACGGGCUAGCAAUAGGCAUCUAUGUGGCGCUGUUGUUACCCUUUAAGCAACUAGCUGAACACAACUGAAAAUUGCAAUAAUAUAACAAAACUCGCGGCCAUUCGUUUUCUGCAAAGAGAGCGACUAAUGUUAGCGGGAGGAGCUGAGUCUCCAGUACCGUCUGUCUUAUACUGCCCCCAGGUGGCCAAGGUGCAGACAACAGUAGGAGCAGCACAAUUGAAGGAGAAAGUGUGUCCAAAAAUCUUGAUUAUUCAUUCUGUUUAAUUAUUGCCGCAUGUUUUAUAAACUAUACCGUCAUAGAGUGUUCUUAUUCAAAACAAAAAAACAAAAAACAUUUGGUUGUUUUGAAAGGCUGGAACGGAUUAAUGGCAUUUCCAUUCGUUUCAAUGGGGAAAGAUGAUUUGCGUGUGUCGUCACGGAACAAAUUGAAAUCAUAUCUCAAGGCACAAUUGUACACGAAGUUAACUUUUUUUCCGAAGAUGCCGGAGAUGGCGAAAACGAUAUUCUAGCAAGUUCGGCUUCAAAUCGUCACGUCAUCAGACCGCAGUUCUCGGAGUUCGUUCUUGGCGUCCCUGCGGUUCUCCGAGUUCUCGCUGCGCCCGCAGGAAGUCUGCCGGCCUUUUUCCUGGUUUAGUCACGUGAUGUUGGGCGGCGGGGCUCCUGGAUGUGAAAAUCAAAGUUGACCUGUUCGGAUGUUUUGCUUGAACUAGAUUUUCAUUUCACUAAAUGUGACUUCCUUGUGCUGUAAAUUCCACAAAUGACUCGUUUCAAUUCUUUACAAAAAUGACCCCAAAAAACUGCUUUGCAUAAUAACUUGAAAUAAAGGUAAACCGACAUGUUAUGUUUUGGGGGUUUUUCCAGCGCCGAUAGCGAUCCCGAGUCGUCAGUGUGGCCGUUAAUCGAUAUUUGGGGUCAAAGGGGCAAUAUUUUGGGUUCCAACAUUUUGAAUAAUACAAACUCUGACACUUUGUUUAAAUGCCUUUACGCAUAUGGUCAUUCAACUUCUGUUUCCCAAAAAGUGCAGGGAGCUCCCAGGGUCAGCAGCGUGUCUUCGAAAGUUCAAUGAAAACUUCAACUAAGAAAUCAAUUGCUCCGUAAAGUUUUCGACAAAAAUGUCCAUAUAACUGAAAUGUUCAUCUUUCACUUCAAACGAGAACAAAAAGUGCAAGGAGUGCCCGCGGCAUCACUUACAGAUUUACUGGAAUAUUUGAAUCAAUCAGUACUUCGGUGAAGUUAACCAAGUUUUAAAUUGGUCACUUGGGGGGAGAAAAAAAAAAAAAAAAAAAAGGCAGUUGCCAAUUUGCGUCGAAAUGCUGAAAACCGGGCCGGACGGCAAUGGUUCCGGCCGAUAAUCGGUCUGUCCCUAAUUUGGAACGUUGUUACAUGAAGCUAUAAUUGGUCAUUUUGUUCCAAAACAUUUGGAUUAGACGCACAACAGUUGAUGCUGACUGUCAUUUGCAUCGAUUAUUUGGGAAAACUAACAUCCGCAUCAUAAGCUCGGUCGGGGCCCAUUUCAAGGACAGCGCGACGACAACGUGGGGGAAUCCCCCGCGGAGGGCGCCCCUCGCUCGCUGUUGCUUGCCGGGGGACCUGCAGGGACGGCAGCGAUUGGACAGUACCAGCGACACAACUGGAAGCAGACGCUGCAACGACACGCGCCGAUGCCCAAGUCCCCCUGAGCGGGCGACAAAACAAAUUGAAGGCAGCUCGUCCAUCCAGGCAGGCAACAAAUUGGCACUUCCUUACAAAGACGUUGACACGUUGUGUGAAACAAAGAUUUGCGACCUCUUUUCCAUUGCUUUUGUUGAGGUUUCACACAACGUCCUCACUUCAUCGGAAUUGGGCUUUGUACUUUUUAGUUGUUUAGUGCCAAAAACGGGUGAAAAGUAUUUAAGCUACUGCAACGUCCGUCCCCCCCAUCUCUUUUUGCAUGGAAGUGGCUGCUUAUGACAAAACGAGACGUUUGGCCGUAUGGGUCGUUUUCCUUCCAUUCCAUUCGUAGCAGUAAAGACGACACAAUGUUGCACGCCACCUUGGUUUGAUGCAGUCCGUGGCUGAAACAAGACGCGCUAUUUUAUUGAUGAUUUCAGAUUGUAGGCCAUCAUAGUCAAAACGAUCGAGCCGUAAAUGUCACGGCGGUCACGUGCCAAUGUCCCUCCGGGGUAUUGACAUACGAGGGCCAUUUGUAAAACCGAGGAAGUCUUAACACGCUGACAUGCAUUUGUGCUAGCUUGUGACAAACUACAUUGGAAAUGAAAUUCACUGGUGAAAAUCAG